UGAACUCAAAUUGGGAACAAUCGAAAGCGAAAACGGGGCGAGAAGGAAGGAGAGGGGCGAAUGGGUGAUGUACUGAGAUGGAGGGUGCUUCCGAUGCUGGUUUUGCUCGCCUCCUCCCUCGUUCUCUACGUCAGAAUCCUCCCCAAGAAGUCAAUCAGUGAAUGUAGCCUUCUACCCUAUGAUCACUACUGGAUAACCAGCAAGCGCAUUGUUACACCUCAGGGUGUCAUAAAUGGUGCAGUGGAGGUAAGAGACGGGAAAAUAGUCUCGGUGGUUGAAUCAGACUAUCAGAAGGGGUCGUUACUUGGAGGAAAGGUUGUGGAUUAUGGAAAUGCAGUCAUCAUGCCUGGUCUGAUUGAUGUUCAUGCACAUCUUGAUGAGCCUGGAAGAGUUGAAUGGGAAGGAUUCUCUUCAGGAACUAAAGCAGCUGCUGCAGGUGGUGUAACAACACUGGUAGAUAUGCCUCUAAACAGUUUUCCUUCUACAGUUUCCGAAGAAACAUUAAGAAUGAAGGUCCAGUUUUUGAUGAUCUUGGUCUGCAUCAAUCUAGUAUAUUGUCAACCUAUGACAGUUGAGGCUGCACAGAAGAAAAUUUAUGUGGAUGUUGGUUUUUGGGGAGGUUUAGUUCCACAUAAUGCCUUCAAUACAAGUAUGUUGGAGGGUCUCCUACAUGCAGGUGCACUUGGUCUGAAGUCUUUUAUGUGCCCUUCAGGAAUAAAUGACUUCCCAAUGACAAAUUCAACACAUAUCAAGGAGGGUUUAUAUGUCUUGGCCAAGUUCAAGAGACCCUUGCUUGUGCAUGCAGAGGUAGUUUUGGAUUCCAAAAACAGUGAAGGACUUCUUGAUGAUGAUCCCAGUUAUCGGUCCUAUGCAACAUACCUUAAGUCCAGGCCACCAUCAUGGGAGGAAGCAGCUAUUAAGGACUUGCUAGCAGUAGCACAGGAUACAAAAACUGGAGGUCAAGCAGAAGGAGCUCAUGUUCAUAUUGUUCAUUUGUCAGAUGCAAAAGCUUCACUAGAUCUGAUUGAGGAUGAAAAAAGAAAUGGACCAAAUGGUGCUAGUAUAAGUGUGGAAACUUGCCCUCAUUAUCUGGCAUUUGCAGCUGAAGAAAUUGCAGAUGGGGAUACUCGAUUUAAAUGUGCUCCACCUAUACGAGAUGUGACCAAUAGGCAAAAUCUGUGGGAGGCAUUAAUCGAUGGACAUAUUGAUAUGUUGAGCUCUGAUCAUUCACCGUCUAUACCAGAACUCAAGUUAUUCGAUGAAGGUGACUUUCUAAGGGCUUGGGGUGGAAUAUCAUCUUUGCAGUAUGUUCUUCCUAUCACAUGGACUUAUGGACAAAAGUAUGGAGUUUCGUUCAGUCAGAUUGCAACAUGGUGGAGUGAGAGGCCUGCAAAGCUUGCAGGCCAAAAGUACAAGGGUGCCAUCAUAUUGGGAAAUGAUGCAGAUUUUGCUGUAUGGGAACCUGAAGUGGAGUUUGAACUUGAUGAGAACUACAAAACAUACCAUAAGCAUCCGAAUAUCUCACCCUAUAUAGGAAGGAGACUCUCGGGCAAGGUUUUGGCCACUUUUGUGAGGGGAAAUCUUGUGUUCAGUGAAAGAUCACAUGCACCUGCAGCCUGUGGUUCUCCAAUCCUUGCAAAAUAGGCAACAGUGACAAGUUACAAAUUAGCUUCCUUCUUGGAGACCAAUCAUCAAUUCCAAUAAGAUGCGAGGGAAUUGAAGAUUCCUGAGCUUCCACCUGCAGUGGCAUCUGUUAGUGGAGAAAGGUGGAAAGAAGGGUAAGAGCUAGCUUUCUGUUCAUCAGCCAAACAUGAUAUUUGGAAAGUGAUGUUUGGUGAAAUCGUACUUGAUUCAUCAUAGAAUAGGGAAAACACUUUUCUCCCAUGCAAUGCUUUGGCUUGUGAUAGAUAUACUUGGAAAGAUAUCCGGAUUCCCUUUCAUA